AUGACCCCCCGCAACCCCACCCUCUCCCCCCCCCUUCACCCACACCGCUCCCGCCCCCACACUCCUAACCCAAGGCGCCGAAGCCCUCCUCUACCGCACCCAUUUCCUCCUCCCCUCCCACCCCUGCGCUCUCAAACACCGCCCUUCGAAACCCUACCGCCACCCCGUUCUCGACAAACGCCUGACAAAACACCGGAUACUGAGCGAAGCGCGCACACUUGUGAAGUGCCGACGGGAGGGCGGAGUGGGGGGUGGAUGAUGAUGGAGUGGGUUGAGGGGAGCACGGUUAAGGAGGUGGUUGUUGAGGCUGGGAAGAGGAUCAAGGAGCGGGGAGGGGGUGGGGUGUGGGAAGAGGGGUUGAGGGCGCUGAUGGGGAAGAUUGGGAGGGCGCUGGGGAGGAUGCAUGAGGUUGGGGUUGUGCAUGGGGAUUUGACUACGAGUAACAUGAUGCUCCGACCUGCCCCGAUGUCUUUACAGCAUGUCACGACCUUUACGAAUGGAGCCGGAGGAGACGGAGAUGAUGCGAAGAGCGCUGGAGAGAGUCUAGAGGGGGAGAUCGUGCUGAUUGAUUUCGGGCUCGCGGCACAGAGUUUGCAGGAUGAAGAUAAGGCCGUGGAUCUAUAUGUGCUGGAGAGGGCGUUUGGGAGCACGCAUCCCGAGGCGGAGGAGGGGUUUCAGGAGGUGCUGAGGGUUUAUGGGGAGAGUUAUAAGGGGGCGAAGGUUGUGCUGAAGAGGUUGGAGGACGUGAGGCUGAGGGGGAGGAAGAGGAGUAUGCUUGGGUGA